GGGCCGGGAGGAGGCGGCCGAACCGCGUCGCUGGGCCGGCUGGGCCCUGCCGAGUGCGAGCGCCCCGGAGCCGAGCCGAGCCGAGCCGAGCCCAGCCCGCCCGCGGCCGCCAUGCGCUGGCUCCGCGCGCUGCUGAAGAACGCGUCCCUGGCAGGGGCGCCCAAGUACAUCGAGCACUUCAGCAAGUUCUCCCCGUCCCCGCUGUCCAUGAAGCAGUUUCUGGACUUCGGGUCCAGCAAUGCCUGUGAGAAGACCUCGUUCACCUUCCUCAGACAGGAGCUGCCAGUGCGCCUGGCUAACAUCAUGAAAGAGAUCAACCUGCUUCCAGAUCGGGUGCUGGGCACACCCUCAGUGCAACUGGUACAAAGCUGGUAUGUUCAGAGUCUCCUGGACAUCAUGCAGUUUCUGGACAAGGACCCCGAGGACCAUCGUACCCUGAGCCAGUUCACCGACGCACUGGUCAUCAUCCGGAACCGCCACAACGAUGUGGUGCCCACCAUGGCACAGGGCGUGCUGGAGUACAAGGACACCUACGGCGACGACCCCGUCUCCAACCAGAACAUUCAGUACUUCCUGGACCGCUUCUACCUCAGCCGCAUCUCCAUCCGCAUGCUCAUCAACCAGCACACCUUGAUCUUUGAUGGCAGCACCAACCCAGCCCACCCAAAACACAUCGGCAGCAUUGACCCCAACUGCAACGUCUCCGAUGUGGUGAAAGAUGCCUAUGACAUGGCCAAGCUCCUGUGCGACAAGUAUUACAUGGCCUCCCCUGACCUGGAGAUCCAGGAGGUCAAUGCAUCCGACACCAAACAGCCAAUCCACAUGGUCUACGUGCCCUCCCACCUCUAUCACAUGCUUUUUGAACUCUUCAAGAAUGCCAUGCGGGCGACAGUGGAAAGCCACGAGUCCAGCCUGGUCCUCCCACCUAUCAAGGUCAUGGUGGCCUUGGGGGAGGAAGAUCUGUCCAUCAAAAUGAGUGACCGAGGUGGGGGUGUUCCCUUGAGGAAGAUUGAGCGACUCUUCAGCUACAUGUACUCCACAGCACCCACGCCCCAGCCGGGCACUGGGGGAACCCCAUUGGCCGGCUUUGGCUAUGGGCUCCCCAUUUCCCGCCUGUAUGCCAAGUACUUCCAGGGGGACCUGCAGCUCUUCUCCAUGGAGGGCUUUGGGACCGACGCCGUCAUCUAUCUUAAGGCCCUGUCCACAGACUCGGUGGAGCGCCUGCCUGUCUACAACAAGUCUGCCUGGCGCCACUACCAGACCAUCCAGGAGGCAGGCGACUGGUGCGUGCCCAGCACGGAGCCCAAGAACACGUCCACAUACCGCGUCAGCUAGGGGCGUGCUGCUCCCAUGGGUGUGGACUGCUGUCUCCGGGACUGGUCACCACGGGGACCCUCCCCAGGGCAGGGGAGGCUCCCCCUGAUGACCAGCUUCUGUCUAGGGAAUCACUGCGGUGACUGGUCUGUCGUGGCCCCUAAGUGCCAAUCUCUGUCUCCACUGAGACUCCUAGGUGGUCUCCCUGGUGGCCAAUCUCUGUGGGCGAUGCCUGAGGAUUGGGGGUGUCUCCACCCUGAUGGGAUAUCCCAGAGAUGUUUCCAUGGCAGUCCUCCUCCUGAGGCCAGGGCUGCCACUUUUCCAGGGAUCCCAGGUCCCCCUCACUGCCCUUCACAGCCCAGGUUUUCCAAAUGGACACCCCUGCUUGCCUUAUUCCCCUGUCCCGCAUGGGCACCUGGCCCUGGACCGUGGUCAGUGUUAGGAAGGGCUGCGUAUCCUCAGGCCUGGGGUGGUGAGUGCGGAAGAGGUCGCACCCUGGGCCACCACGAGGACCUGGUCUGGUCCCACCACCUCUUCCUCCACUCUGAGCACUGAGGUCAAGGUGGAGAAGGGGGUGUUCUCACCCAGGGAUUCCCCCAUCAUGGAGGAACCUGGGGACACCAGAGGCUACUGCGCUGCUCGAAGCCCCACCCGAGGCCCCAGCAGUGUCUCUGCCGCCUCCCCUGCCCCGCAUGUCCUCACGUGCCCACCUCACCCACAUAGCCCUGCCUGAGUGCCAGCCCCGACUCCCACUGUGGCCCAACAUGCACCCGCCGGGGGACUGUCUUCUAGGAUGCCCUGUGUACAUAGCUAGUUUUAUAGCCCGGAACAACUCCUUGCCCCUAGCACACAGGGGACUAAAGUCGUGUGCUCCCCCAGUGGCUGUGACGUGCCGCCCAUAUCCACAGUAAAGACAUGGAAUGAGACUGUGGUCUGGCUGCUUUCCUGGGG